UCCAGCGUCGCCGCCGGCCCGCUCCGCCCCCUCCUCCCUUCCCUUCCCCGUUCUCCACCUCCCCCCCUCUUCCCCGCCGCUCGCCCUUCCUCGUCGCGGUGGGAGCAGCGGGCCUCCGCGGAGGCGGCCUUGCUGAGGGAGGGGGCAGCCGCGGGCUGCGGAAGGGAGGAGGGCGUCAGCGGCGGGGGCAACCGCGGGCGGCGCUGCAAGCGGAGAGGACCUCCGUCGCGGUGGGAGUAGCGGCGACGCCGGCGGAGACCUCCGCGGUUGUCCCUCUCGCCGUCCGCCGCCGCUUUACCCGCUUAUCCCACUGCGACGAGGAAGGGCGGGAGGCGGGGAAGAAGGGAGAAGGGGAGGAAGCGGCGGCGGCGGCGGAGGAGGGGCAGCGACAGUGGCGAGGAAGUCGGCGCCGCUCAAGGCGGCAAAUCAAGGAUGGCGGAAAAGGGCGGCGGGGACUCCGAGAUGGGGGCGAAUCCGGACUCGAUGCAGAAACUCCUCGCCAAGAAGGCCGUCUUCGUCGACAAGGAGACCUUCGCCAAGGCUUCCCUCAUCUCCGAGCAAGCGCGCACCAUCAAGGUGUCAAUCAAGUGGAUGUGGGCUUGCAAGCGAUUCAAAAUUUGUCUGGCGAUCCUACAUUGAACCAGGUUCUUGAACAUGGGAGGGAGUUCUUUUGGGGAGCAUUGGCUGGUGGGUUUGGAGAGGGUAUGAUGCAUCCGAUUGACACUCUGAAAACAAGAAUGCAGAGUCAGGCUGUUAUUAGUGGCACUCAUGCUCAGAAGAACAUACUGCAAAUGGUCAGGAAUGUCUGGGUUUCAGAUGGCCUGAGAGGAUUUUACAGAGGAAUCACUCCAGGUGUGACUGGAUCACUGGCAACCGGUGCAACUUACUUUGGUGUGAUAGAAUCUACCAAGAAAUGGUUGGACGAAGUAAAUCCUAGACUUAGUGGUCAUUGGUCUCACUUCAUUGCAGGAGCAAUCGGAGAUACACUUGGUUCUUUUGUCUAUGUGCCAUGUGAAGUCAUGAAACAACGUAUGCAGGUGCAAGGCACUAGAAAAUCUUGGGCAUCAACAAUUAUGAAAGAGAACAUUUCUCAGAAGCCAGGGGAGAGAAUGUAUGGUUAUUAUAAUGGAAUGUUUCAAGCAGGCCAUUCAAUUUGGAAGCAACAUGGUCUAAAAGGUUUAUAUGUCGGGUACUGGUCUACACUUGCGAGGGAUGUGCCAUUUGCUGGUCUUAUGGUAACCUUUUAUGAAGCACUAAAAGAUUUCACGGAGUAUGGAAAGCAGAGUUUUUUACCCAAUAGUAACCUGCAUGUUGGCAGUUCUUUUGAAGGUCUGGUUUUAGGAGGAUUAGCUGGUGGAUUUAGUGCAUACCUUACAACUCCUUUGGAUGUGAUCAAGACAAGAUUGCAAGUGCAAGGAUCGACCAUAAGGUACAACGGAUGGCUGGAUGCGUUAAAAAGAAUAUGGAUGGCUGAGGGCUUUAAUGGUAUGUUUAGAGGCAGUGUUCCGAGAAUAAUGUGGUAUGUCCCAGCCUCUGCCCUCACCUUUAUGGCUGUGGAAUUCCUAAGAGAUCACUUUAAUGAGAAAUUAGAUGAUGAAUUCAAUGGAGUCACUGGUUUAUCACUAGACCCAAGCCCUAACAUUCAAGAAGCAGAAUCUUGCACCUGAGUUGCCUUUGCUAUCAUGACCAUUAUCAAGUUCUUUCUAACAAUUCGAACAAUCUUCUUGCAUGGAAAGUUCAAGCUGGUUGGAAGAGGAACAAACAGUCAACACAAUUCUUCUAGUAAGGCACGAUCAUGUGUUAACCUACACUGCAGAAUAGUGGGAUUCCUUAGCUUGUUAGUGACUUUGAUAUUAUGUUCCUUGAAUAACUUGCUUGUUCCACACUCUCCCGUCUAUCCUUUGGCCCUACUUUUGGCAUUGGAGAAAAUUGGGAAUGAGAUUUUUCAUAUUUUAAUGUAAAUAUUUAUACUGUAUUAUAAUAUUUUCAGUAAUAUUAGGAAAAUGUUAUAGUA